GCAUUUUUCUUUUGAUAAAUGCGACGGUCAUUUAUUUGCUACUCCGCCAAUCAGUAAAUAAUGAGAAAGUUCGCAGCUUUUGCAUGCGGCACUGGUGCCGGCUUCGCCGCCUACUACUUUCAAAAGCUACGCGAUCCACUGCAGGUGGUGCACAAUUCGUGGACGAACAGCGAGAGACAUAUUAGCGAAUGCGCCUUGUGGGACAGCAAUUGGGAUUUCCGCGACCCUAAGAGCUUGGCACGGCCCAUGAAAAACGAUAAGCCUCAGGAACAAAAUCGCUAUAACGCCGAUCUGGAAAAGAAUGUAUCGAAAUAUGCACGCCAUAUCAUCCUAAUACGGCAUGGUGAAUAUCUCGAUGUGGGUGAAACGGAUGAGACGCACCAUCUAACAGAUCGCGGCCGGCUACAGGCAAAAUAUACGGGCAAACGUUUGCACGAGCUUGGCAUCAAGUGGGACAAGGUGAUUGCCUCAAACAUGGUCAGGGCGCAGGAAACUGCAGAGAUUAUACUCAAUGAAAUCGACUUCGACAAGACCAAGGUGAAAAGUUGUUCGUAUUUGCGUGAAGGCGCACCAAUACCGCCUCAACCACCUGUUGGACACUGGAAGCCAGAAGCCUCGCAGUUUUUCCGAGACGGUGCACGGAUUGAGGCUGCCUUUCGACGGUAUUUCCAUCGUGCCUUGCCCGAUCAGGAGAAGGAUAGUUAUACGUUAAUUGUGGGACACGGCAAUGUAAUACGUUACUUUGUUUGCCGCGCCUUGCAAUUCCCGGCAGAGGGUUGGCUGCGCAUUAACAUCAAUCAUGCAUCAAUCACAUGGCUAACGAUUAGUCCGUCCGGCAAUGUCUCAAUUAAAUAUUUAGGCGAUACCGGUUUCAUACCCGCCAAGCACUUGACCAAUCGCAUACCACGAGAGGCCAAGAACGUUGUCUAACUGUAAUCUCGAGACGUAUUACUCGCGUUUGCUCCUUCCCACAAGGCUGGUAUGCAACCUAAACAAUCAGUAUGCAAUAAUAAACA